AUGUCUUCCGAAGAUAAGAAGACCGAUACCGGCAACUUGACUGACACAGUCACUGGCACUGCCCAAUCCGUUACGGGCAUCCUAGGCAACACAGUCGGCGGCUUGGGCCGCACUGUCGGAGGAGUUGCUGGUGCGGCAACCCGAGGCCUUGGAGGCACUGUCAACAACGUCACCGGAGAGACUGGUCGUCCUGUAGGAGAUGCUGUGAGCUCCAUUGGAACGGGGCUAGAGGGAGGCUUGGAAAGUGUUUCCAAGGGAGUGGAGGAUGCGGGACAGUGGAAGAAGCAGUAA